UGUGAUGCUUCUGUUGUGGCUGAUCCUGAGCCUGCAGGAGGGAUGAAGGAAUAUCUCAUAAACUGCACAGUACAAAGAGAAUUUCACCUCCUGGCGUUCUCCAUCUCUGCAGACCUUCAGCUUCUGCUCUUCAUUGGGAUCCUGGUAAUGUAUUUACUGACAGUGCUGGGGAACCUGAUUAUCACUGGUCUUAUAUAUCUGACCCCACAGCUCCACACUCCUAUGUACUAUUUCCUGUGUAACCUCUCAGUGCAGGACAUCAUCUACGUCUCCAGCAUCAUUCCCAAAUUCCUCUCUAUCCUGGUAACAGGUGACACCAGAAUUGUCUUCCCAGCAUGCAUCACACAGAUGUUCCUCUUUACAUUUUGUAUUGGUGCAGAGUUUUUACUCCUAACAUCUAUGGCCUAUGACCGCUAUGUCGCCAUCUGUAUUCCUCUGCACUAUACAAUCAUUAUGAACAAAAACUUGUGCAUUUCACUAUUUUCUGUCUCCUGGAUUGUUGGAUUCUUAAAUUCAUUACCAUAUAUUGUUCUUAUUUCUACUUUAUCAUUCUGCAAUUCCCAAAACAUUACUCAUUUUUUCUGUGAUCCAAAAACCUUGAUUGUUCUCUCUAGUGGCGAUAUAACAGAUAUUGUGAUGCUGGUAUCUGUGGAAUGUGUAUUUUUUGGACUUACACCCUUUGUGCUGAUAUUAGUCUCUUAUAUAUGUAUAAUUGCUACUGUCAUAAAGAUCCGUAGCUCGGCGGGCAGAGUAAAGGCUUUCUCCAGCUGCUCGUCCCAUCUCACCAUUGUAAUAUUAUUCUGUGGCACGUCCCUCAGCUCCUACUUGAUCCCAGAGUCACAGCAAUCUCACAAACAAACCAAAAUUCUCCCCUUGCUGUACACAGCGGUGGUCCCCAUGCUAAACCCUCUCGUUUAUACUCUGAGAAACAAGCAGGUCCUGAGAGCCAUGGACAACAUAUUGAAACGAUACUUAAAAUUUUAA